AGAUGCCCCUUGAUUAGCUGCUCUGUCUCUUAUUUCUCAUAGUGUCCCGCUCCUGUCCGGUCUUGCCCAAGGGACACGCGCCUUAACCAACGCCAAAACUCUGCCCAAGAGUCUAAAACUUUUGUUUAUAAUAGUAAAUUUACUUUUACUAUUUCCUCACACUAAAAGACUACUCUCUUUGAUAUUCUUUAACACAGCUAAACUUGGGCAAGAGUGUAAGCUUGUUCUACACCGAGAAGCGGGAAAACAUCUACAGGUGUUUGGAGCCGCGAGACUAAAGGAGCACCGCACGCGCCAGGCGCGAGCAUAGACACGCGGCCGUCAGGGGCAGAGCGCGACCCCCGACCAGUAAAAAAAAGCGUCACAGAAGAAAAAAGAGAGUGAGAGAGAGGGAGGGGGAGAGAGAGCAAUAGAGAGAGUGUACGAGAGACGCGGCCGUCCCAAGAAUGAUGUCCUACAUAAAGCAACCCCAUUAUGCUGUGAACGGGUUAACACUGUCCGCCUCAGGAAUGGACCUGCUCCACACCGCCGUCGGCUACCCAGCCACUCCGAGGAAGCAGCGUCGGGAGCGCACUACCUUCACACGCACCCAACUGGACAUUCUGGAAGCCCUGUUCACCAAAACACGCUACCCAGACAUAUUCAUGAGAGAAGAGGUGGCUCUGAAAAUCAACCUUCCCGAGUCCAGAGUUCAGGUGUGGUUUAAGAACCGUCGUGCUAAAUGCCGCCAACAGCAACAGCAGACCAGCGGUCAGCCCAAGCCCCGUCCCCCCAAAAAGAAGUCCUCCCCACCCCCUGAGCUGACAUCUGACCCUGGCGCCAGCUCCUCGGUGGCGGCUGCCCCAGCCCAGGCAGUGCCCCCUAGUGCCAGCGCAGGCACAGCACCCGUUUCUGUGUGGAGUCCCACUUCUCUAUCCCCCCUUCCCGAUCCAUUGUGUGGCUCCGGCACGCCCUGCGUGCAGCGCCCCGCUCCAUAUCCCAUGAGCUACGGUCAGCCCUCCACCUAUAGCCAGGGCUACAGCUCCUCUCCUUACUUCAGUGGGUUGGAUUGCAGCCCGUACCUCUCUCCCAUGACCACUCAGCUGUCUGCGAGUGGGGGCGCCCUCUCUCCCCUCACCGUGCCCUCCAUGGGCGGCUCGCUCAGCCAGUCACCCUCCCUCUCCUCCCAAGGAUACAGCACCUCCUCGCUGGGUUUCAGUUCCGUAGAUUGCCUGGACUACAAGGACCAGCAGGCCUGGAAGCUCAACUUCAGCACCGUGGACUGCCUCGACCAUAAAUUCCAGGUGCUGUAGAAGAGAAAGUGAGCGAGUGAAGAAAAAAAGCAAGAGGGAAGGAGAAUAAGGAGAAGACGCAUGAAGAAUAAAUGAAACAGAACUAUUGCUUGAAAUGCCGGAGACAUUUUGAUGAUGAACAGGACUGAAUCAACAGAAUUCAUGUGAUCUCAGAGGUGAAAAGGGGUGCCCAUUUUGGAACAAGUGAAGACUGUUCCUCUGUAAUCCAGAUCUUCUGAGAGUGAAGGGACUCCUCAAGUCUACUGAUCAGUCAUCAUUAUUAACCAUUUACCUCACACAUACACACACAUACAAUCAAAUAGCUUUCACAACACAUUGAGGAUAUUUACCUAUUUAUUAACACACACACACACACACACACAAAGACAUGCACAUAAUUGGAGAGGAACCUGUCGGUUUCUCUGCAGAUACAAGCUUCUUGUGGGACAAAGUUCUUUCUACUUUUUUCAUAAGUUUGGUUGGUUUGUCUGUACUGGGAGACAUUAGGAGUUCUUGUGUUGUGCUUUUAGCUUGCUGUUAUUUAUGUAUUUUUAAAUUAUGUUAACUUAUAACAAAUAAUGUUGUUUUCUGUUAGUUUGAGUUAACCGUUACUUACUUAAUUAAACUUCAUUUAAUGGCAUUAUAGUUAUGCUGUUGAUAUAUAUUUUCUAUUUGGGUGACUUUGU